CAAAGGCAUUGUUUUAAAAGUUAAUGUAUCUGCUUCAUGGCAACUAAACAACUCUUUUUCUCAUAGUGUGUGCAGAGGAAACCACAACAUAGCCAGCCACAGUCACAGAGGAAGGAGGAGGGCUUACUUGAUGCUAUAACUAUGAAGUAAACAAAGUGUAGAUAUCAUUUCACCAACUGUUAGGAUGGAGGACACAUCUGUACUGCAGCUACUCUUUCUGACCUCACUGCUGAGCAGCACAACAAACCAAGUCUCUCUGACUGUGAGACCCAGCAGCUCUCAGAUGUUUGAAGGACAGCCUGUCUCUCUGAGCUGUGAGGAGGACGACAGCUCUGCUGGAUGGACUCUGAGGAGGGACACAACCAGAGAAACCAGGACUCAGUGUGGAGAUGGCUGGGGAAGACCUGCUGGUUCUUCCUGUAACAUCAACUACGUGGACCCAGAGGACAGUGGAGUUUACUGGUGUGAGUCCAGAGAGGGAGCAACCAGUAACAGCAUCAACAUCACUGUCACUGGUGGACCAGUGAUCCUGCAGAGUCCUGUCCUCCCUGUGAUGGAGGGAGAAGACCUCACUCUGACCUGUAAAACAAAGACGUCCUCCAACCUCCUAGCUGAUUUCUAUAAAGAUGGCUCCUUCAUCAGGACUGGGUUUGCAGCUCACAUGACCAUCCACCAUGUUUCCAGGUCUGAAGAAGGUCUCUACAAGUGUCACAUCAGCAGUGUUGGAGAGUCUCCACCCAGCUGGGUCUCUGUCACAGAGAAACCUAGGACUAAAGACCCACCAACCUCUGCAGCUCCACCCCUGACCUCAGACUACCUCCCCCUUGUGGUCAGACUGGUCUGCCACCUGGUGGUCUUCUGUCCGUACUGCAUCUCCACUUUCAUCAUGGUGUCUUUAUAUUGACACAAGGCCACAGGAAACGGCCUACCUGUAGCCAUGGGGAUGACCUCGCCCACCAGGCUGAGGAGGGAUUGGAUGAUGAAUAUGAGAAUGACAUCACCGC